AGUGAAGGACGGAUCCUGGAAGAGAUAAAUAGAAGGAGUGAAUGCUAUGUUCGCCCAGCAGCCUCAAGACUUGGUAGUUGUGGCUGGUCAGCCGGUCACGCUCCCCUGCUCCAUCCCUGGUUACCACGGUGUUGUGCUGUGGAUCAAAGAUGGCCUCGCUUUGGGCGUCGGAAGAGAACUUAUAGGUUACCCUCGCUACGCUGUGAUUGGGGAUCACGGAUCUGGUGAGCACCACCUUCGCAUCCAGAGGGUGGAGCUGACGGAUGAUGCCAUGUUCGAGUGCCAGGCCAUCCAGGCCGCCAUGAGGUCCCGUCCUGCUCGACUCACUGUGUUAGGUUAG